UAAUUAUUGUCAUUAUGAUGAACGCAAUCCCUUGUCCUUUGAGGGUCAUGGGAGCUGGAACCAAUCUCAGCUGACAUUGGAUGAGAGACAGGGUACAUUCUAGACAUGUUGCCAGUCUAUCAGAGGGCCUACAGAUAGAGACAAACAACCAUUCACUCUCACAUUCACACCCAUGGUCAAUUUAGAGACACCAGUUCACUUAUCCUGUAUGUCCCUGGACUGUGGCAGUGUUUGGAUGAAACUUCCGCAGGCAUAGGGAGAACAUGCUAAAAUGGGGUUCAAACCCUGUAACUUUCUUGUUGUGAAUAAAUGUUAUGUAAAUCUCAAAUUGUUUAAAUAUUCUAGUAGUACUGAAGUUUUUUUUUGUUUGAUUAUGAACAUGUUAUGGAGGGUGAUGGGAAAAAAUAGCUUCAAAAAUAUCUAAAAAUAUUCAUUCAUGAACAUAACAGGAUUUUAUCUUGGGUUUGUGUUUUAACGUGAGAAAUUAGAAAAUCUACCUUGAACAAAAUGUUCACAUUUAGAUUUACAUUUACUCAUUCAGCAGACACUUUUAUCUAAAGCAACUUACAAGUGAGUGACACUACUAAAGCAUAAGUGCAGUAGAAAAUCUUGAAGUAGAUUCCAAGUGUUAAUUUAUGUAACUGGGUGGUAAAAGCAUAUAUUUAAAUUUACAUGCAUAAAGUAAAACCACUGUAAUUACCAUGUUCUGCUACAGUGGUAUUGCUGUGGAUGUUGACUUUGGACAGUAGGGGGUGUAGUUUCACCAAAUGUCAAAGCAGUGAGCCUGCUGAGAGGUCAGGGGUCGCUAGAAAAAUACAGGAAGUGGGAAGUGGUGUUCCCACAACCAUGCUGAUACAUGUAUGUGUGAGAGACAAGUAGAGAUUUGUGCAGAGAUCACUGGGUCAUCUGGUGGAAAUGACCAGUAUAGUAGGGUGUCAUCUGCAUAGUGUUGAAAUGAGAAUCCAUGCUAGUAGAUAAUUGAUGCAUUAAUCAAUAAUUGCUGCUGGAUAGGUCCAGCUAGAUAAGAAGUGAGAACUGAACUGCAGUUCUAGCUGCUUUUAGGGUUUCUGUCACAGACAAUAGAGCCGUUUCAAUGGAAAGACUGCUCUCAAAGCCAGGCUGAUUUGGACCACGGAGGGCACUCCAUGAGAGGAAUUCUGAGAUCUGUUUGUGAACCACCCCUUUGAUAGCUUUAGAUAAGGAUGAAAGUUACAAAACUGAGUGAAGGCUUUUUGAGCAGAGGUUUCCUGUGACUUUGAUUCACAAAAUACUACCAAAAAAUAAAUGAAUGAGAGUUAUAAAACAGGUACCUGAGACUACUUAAUUUGCUUUAGUCAUUACAAUUUAACCUUUUUCCUUGAUACAGCUUGAAUAGACUGAUCAAAGAAAUUGAACAAACAACAGAAAUAUAAAUGACACAGUAUGUUUUGAAGAAGACAUAUUCAUUUAAUGUAUACAGUGUUCACCCCACUUGAGAACAUAAGGUGUUACUUCUAAUGAUGUCACAAAUACUGUGUCUGGGCGGUCCCCUCAGAUUUGUGUGUGCCAGUACAGUACAGUACAGUACAGUAUAUAAAUCAGCUCUGUCCUGAAAUAUUUUAAUCAUUUGCAUGUGAUCAGAGAGGGCAACUACUCUAAUAUAUUUAACCAUCAGAAUAUUUGAAAUUACUGAGCUGGAGUUUCCUUUCAAACCUAGGCCAAACAUGGCAUUGUGGGCUGCAAAGCUUAUUAUGUUUCUUUCUCUCUUUAGGGGCACACCUGGCUCAGCUGCUCUGGAUAACUGUGUUUUCUUGGGGGUAGAGGAGAAAAACAGUCUAUACGAAGAUGGAGAUGUAGUUAUAGGGGGGUUAUUCCCUCUACACUACAGCCCUGAGUCUUCUCUUCCAACAUACAAAACCAAACCAACCCCCAAUAUGUAUCAGUAUUUCAGCUCUCGUGCCUUGCGCUGGAUUCAGACCAUGACUUUUGCAAUCAAAGAGAUCAACCAGCGCAGUGACCUCCUGCCACACCUCAAGCUGGGUUACCACAUCCGUGACAGUUGUGAUGACAUACCUGUGGCUCUGAGAGCACUGCUGCUGUUGGUGAACGGCCAACCAGAGAGAGGCUCAGGAGCCGAGAAUGUGAAUAGAAACAGAGCCAUGGAGAGAAGCUUUAAUAGUUCUAACUUAGGUUGUGCUGCUGUAUACAGGACUGUGUCCCCAGUUAUUAUAGGAGAUGCUAGCUCUGGGAUUUCUAUGGCCCUGCUAAGAAGCCUGGGUUCUUUCCGUAUCCCACUGGUGAGCUAUUUUGCAUCCUGCAGCUGUCUGAGUGACCAAAGGGAGUUCCCCACCUUCAUGCGCACGAUGCCUAGUGAUGCCUUCCAGAUCAGAGCCCUGGCCCGGCUGGUCAGCUAUUUUGGCUGGACCUGGGUGGGAGUCAUUGGCGUGGAAUCUGAUUAUGCUCGCUUUGCCAUCCAGCUCUUCCUACAAGAGUCAGUGCAGUAUGGUGUGUGUGCUGCCUACACUCAUUUCUACCCUGUAACCCUGAGUCAGCAGGCUCUAGAUAAGCUUCUGAAUGUUAUUCAGAUGGCAUCCUCAAAGGUCAUCAUUAACUUUUCUGGUGAGUCAGAGAUGCAGGGCAUUCUCAAAGAGAUCGGACGUUGGAAUAUAACUGGCCUGCAGUGGAUUGCCAGUGAGGCCUGGGCCACUGCCACAUUGCUCUGGGAAAAGUUUGGGGAUCUCCUGACUGGAACUCUAGGAUUUGCUAUCAGGAGGGCUGAUGUGAUUCCAGGGCUGGAGGAACAUCUCACCAGUCUCAGACCCUCCGAUAUUCAUAAAUCUGGUUUCUUGGCAGAAUUUUGGGAAGAGACGUUUAACUGUCGAUUGAACGGGUCAGUGAACAGCCACUCCCACGGGGUCGGCAACUACCUUGACAGAUUGCCAUGUAAAGGGACAGAGAGUUUAGAUGAUGUUUACUCUCCUUAUUCUGAUGUGACACAGCUACGAGUGUCCUAUAACGUCUACAAAGCUGUGUAUCUGGUGGCCCAUGCCUUGCAAGAUAUGAGUGACUGCAAAGGUGGAAAAGGUCCUUUUUCUAAUGGCACCUGUGCAGAUCCAAAACAUUUUAAACCUUGGCAGCUCAUCCACUACUUGAGGCGAGCUAAUUUUUCUGCACUGGGGGAGGAAGUCAACUUUGAUCAAAAUGGUGACCCCAUUGCUUAUUAUGAUCUUGUGAACUGGCAGAGGAGUCCUGAUGGCUCACUGCAUUUAGUUAAAGUAGGCUUCUAUGAUGCCUCAUCGCCUGCUGGAUACAGCCUGGUCAUAAAUGACUCAGUGAUUCAGUGGCCUGUCGGGAAGCAGGCUUCCCGGUCUGUAUGCAGUGAUAGCUGUCCUCCAGGUUCCCGUGUUGCCAGGAGAAAGGGGGAACCCAUCUGCUGUUUUGACUGUGUCCCCUGUGCUGAGGGAGAAGUUAGUAAUGAGACUGAUUCUUUAGAGUGCACCCGCUGCUCAGAGGACACAUGGCCCAAUAGAGCCAGAGACCUCUGCAUCCCAAAGACUAUUGAGUACCUGUCUUACCAUGAAUUAAUGGGUAUCAUGCUGUGUGUUGUAUCUGUACUCGGAGCUUGUAUUUCCCUCUCCAUCCUUGCCAUAUUCUUCACGUAUAAAGAUACACCACUGGUUCGGGCCAACAACAUGGAACUGAGCUUCCUUCUCUUGGUGUUCCUUGCCGUCUGUUUCCUUGUUGGUCUAUUGUUCAUUGGUGAGCCUUCAGACUGGCUUUGCCGUAUCAGGUAUCCAGCAUUUGGCAUCAGUUUUGCCCUCUGCAUUUCAUGCCUCCUGGCCAAGACAGCAGUGGUCCUAAUGGCUUUCAGGUCCACAUUGCCAGGAAGUAAUGUGAUGAAGUGGUUUGGACCCAACCAGCAGAGAGCCAGUGUAUUUUUAGGCACAGCUGUACAGGUAAUAAUAUGUCUUAUCUGGCUGCUCACCAGCCCACCUCAUGCCAAUAACAACACAGAUUACCACAGUGCUACCAUCAUCAUGGAGUGUGUUACUGGUUCAGAAGUUUGCUUCUGGUGUGUUCUUGGAUACAUUGGCAUCCUGGCCUGCAUGUGCUUCCUAAUGGCUUUUCUGGCUCGGAAACUCCCUGAUAAUUUUAAUGAGGCAAAGUUCAUUACCUUCAGCAUGCUGAUAUUCUUUGCAGUGUGGAUCACUUUUAUCCCAGUUUAUGUGAGCACAGCUGGAAAAUACACAGUGGCUGUCCAUAUUUUUGCAAUUUUAGCUUCAGCAUUUGGACUUCUUUUCUGCAUUUUUGCCCCAAAGUGCUGUAUCAUAAUUUUGAAACCAGAAAAAAACAGUAAGAAACACAUUAUGCAAAGGUGA